AUGGGUGAUUCUUGUGGGAGAAGUGUUGAAGAUGAAAGAAGAAGUCACAUAAAUGGGAUGUUUUUCUCUUUGGUUUUGUUUGGAGUUCAAACGGUUGUCCGAGCCUACGUGGAUGGGAGAUUGAGGUUCGGGUGGGGCCACGUGAGGCAAGUGACACGUGGCCACAAGAGGGUUGUUCAGUGUCUGGUGACUAGGAUGAGAAGCAGACAGUGGGGCUGGAAUAGAUCACACUUAAUUAAUGGGAGUUUGAUUUAUGGACGUGACGAAGGUGAGACUAAAGGUGACGGUAGUAAAGGUGGAGGUGGAGGGGAUGGUGGUGGAGGUGGGGGUGGACUUGGUGGUGCUAGAAAUUAUGGAGGUGGACAUGGAGGUGGUGGUUAUGGAGGGGGCGGGCGGCACGUAGGUGGAGAUGGUGAUGACGAAGGUGAUAAUGGAAGCAGAGCUGAAGGAUGUGGAGGUGGAAGUGAAGGCGGAGAUGGGGUUGGUAGAGUUUAG